AUGAUGUCCAUGAAGAAUAACACAGAAGUGACUGAAUUCAUCCUGUUAGGACUCACUGAUGCCCCAGAACUGCAGGUGCCUCUCUUCAUAGUGUUCACCCUCAUCUACCUCAUCACCCUGAUAGGGAACCUGGGCAUGGUCAUGUUGAUCCUGCUGGACUCCCGUCUCCACAUCCCCAUGUACUUUUUCCUCAGCAACCUCUCUCUGGUGGACUUUUGUUACUCCUCAACAGUCACUCCAAAGGUGAUAGCUGGGUUCCUUAGAGGUGACAAGCUCAUCUCCUACAAUGGAUGUGCUGCCCAGAUGUUCUUUUUUGCUGUUUUUGCCGCUACAGAAAACUUUCUCCUGGCUUCAAUGGCUUAUGACCGCUAUGUGGCAGUGUGCAAACCCCUACAUUACACUACCAUCAUGACAAGCAAUGUGUGUGCUCACCUGGCUAUAGGCUCUUAUGCCUUUGGCUUUCUGACUGCUGCUAUUCAAACCCGAAACACCUUUUCCCUCUCCUUUUGCAUGUCCAAUGUGGUGCAUCACUUUUUCGGUGACAUUCCAGCAGUCAUGAGUUUGAGUUGCUCCAAUAAAGACUUUAGUGAGCUGGUGCUGUUGCUUCUUUCAAGCGUUUAUAUCUUGUUUGCUGUUCUUAUAAUACUAAUUUCUUACCUGUUCAUAUUUAUUACCAUUUUAAAGAUGCACUCUGCCGUAGGAUACCAGAAGGCUCUUUCUACCUGUGCUUCUCACCUCAUCGCAGUUUCCAUAUUUUAUGGGACAGUCACUGUCAUGUAUGUACAGCCCAGUUCCAGUCACUCUAUGGACACAGCCAAAAUUGCAUCUGUGUUUUAUACUAUACUCAUCCCCAUGCUGAAUCCUGUGGUCUAUAGUCUGAGGAAUAAAGAAGUAAAGAAUGCUUUCACAAGGUUUUUCUCCAUUGAGGAU